AGUCACUCCUAACAAACUCGACAAACACCAUUGAGGGAGAAUAUAUCUCAAGGGUGGGUUGACCUGGGAUUAUUCAUUAACUUGAAGACAUUGAGGUUUUUGCAUACUGAUUUUUUUUUUAAUCAUCUUGGAUUAUUUCUUCUUUUCUGGUGAUCUAGAAACAAAUAGAAAAAGUAAACCAUGUCGGAGCACAGCAGAAAUUCAGAUCAAGAAGAUACCCUCAGUGAGGAGCUUAAUGAAGAUGAGAUCUUGGCCAACUUGUCCCCUGAAGAGCUGAAGGAGCUGCAGUCGGAAAUGGAAGUCAUGGCCCCUGACCCCCACCUACCUGUAGGCAUGAUCCAAAGAGAUCAAACCAACAAGGCACCUACAGGAAACUUCAACCAUAAGUCUCUCGUUGAUUACAUGUAUCUGCAAAAGGCUUCUAGACGCAUGCUGGAGGAUGAACGAGUUCCUGUCAGUUUUGUGCAGUCGGAGGAAAACACUCAAAAACAUCAUGAAGUAAGAGACAAAGGCAUUAAAAACAUGCCCCAGUUUUUAAAAGAAAAGCUUAAUAGUGAAAUAGUUGCAAAUAAAAGAGAAUCUAAUGGGGGCAAUAAUAUACAAGAAACAGAAGAUGAUGAUGAAGAAGAUGAAGAGGAGGAAGAUGAAGAGGAUGAUGAAGAUGAAGAGGAUGAUGAAGAUGAAGAUGAAAAAGCCAAUGAAAAAAAUGAAGCAAAGGAACAAACCCAGAGCAAUCCAGGCGUCUGUCAGCAGCUGACUACCAAAGCACUAGACGAACAAAAAGACAGACCAGAGACCAAAGAAAAACUUGAAAAGAAAAUAGCCAAAUUAGACCCUAAGAAGUUAGCUCUCGACACCAGUUUUCUGAAGGUAAGUGCAAGGCCUUCAGGGAACCAGACAGACCUGGAUGGAAGCUUGAGACGUGUGAGACAGAACGACCCUGACAUGAAGGAGCUCAACCUGAACAACAUUGAAAAUAUCCCCAAAGAAAUGUUACUGGACUUUGUCAAUGCGAUGAAGAAGAACAAACACAUCAAAAGCUUUAGUCUGGCUAACGUCGGUGCGGACGAGAGUGUAGCGUUUGCCUUGGCCAACAUGCUGCGGGAAAACAGGAGCAUCACCACGCUUAAUAUCGAGUCCAACUUCAUCACAGGGAAGGGCAUCGUGGCCAUCAUGAGGUGCCUCCAGUUUAACGAGACUCUCACCGAGCUGCGUUUUCACAACCAGAGGCAUAUGCUGGGCCACCACGCCGAAAUGGAAAUAUCAAGGCUUUUGAAGGCCAACAACACUCUGCUGAAGAUGGGCUACCAUUUCGAGCUUCCAGGCCCCAGAAUGGUGGUGACGAAUCUGCUUACCAGGAACCAGGAUAAACGGAGGCAGAAAAGACAAGAGGAGCAGCAGCAGCAGCAACUUAAAGAGCAGAGAAAGCUGAUAGCUAUGUUGGAGAAUGGGUUGGGGCUGCCCCCUGGGAUGUGGGAGAGGUUGGGAGGACCCAUGCCCGAUCCCAGAAUGCAGGAGUUUUUCCAGCCUUCAUCCGGACGGCCUCUCGCGGCUCAGGAAGUCCCCUUUGGUGGAAGAAAGGAAACGAUGAAAAGUCCACCGCAACCUCCACAGUGCAUGACCGACCCUGACUCCUUCAGGGUGGUGAAGCUGAAGAGAAUUCAGCGCAAAUCUCGGAUGCCGGAAGCCAGAGAGGCACAGGAGAAAACCAACCUCAAAGAUGUCAUCAAGACGCUCAAGCCGGUGCCGAGAAAUAGGCCGCCCCCGCUGGUGGAAAUCACUCCCAGAGACCAGCUCUUGAAUGACAUCCGACACAGCAAUGUUGCUUACCUAAAACCGACACUCAAAAACCAGCGCAAAGACUUCUUACCUCCACACAUCACGUGCUCCCUAUCUGCUGUCAUUACUGAAAUUGCAGUGCAUGCAGCUGUACAUAACAACCAGCUCAUUUUCCUAGAGUAA